UCUUCAAAUUAAAUUAGCAUUUAAAAGGAAUAGUUUUGGCUUCAUCGUUGUUGCAAGUGCAUUUAAAUAUUAUUCUAAAAACAAAAAGACUUAUCUCAAAAAAUAAAAAUAUGUACAUAUGAUAAAAUCCCAAUUGAAACAAAUAAGUUCGUCUCCCCUCUGUAUCUUUUUGGAAUAAGAUAACAACAUUUAUUGCUCUGUUUUCUAUCGGGUGUGAAUUCGGCCACGUUUAAGAGUCGUUUCUUGUUUUUAUCAUCGAAGAUUGUGCAACUCGCUCGUAUCGAAUUUUUGUGUACUGUGAAGUUUGUGUUGAUAUUUUUUUUUUAUUUUUGGUUUUAAGUUAUCCCGUCGCAUCGUAUCCAUCUUUACCAAACCUCGCCUCAAUCAUGGAGCUAUAAUGCAAAACGUUGGUGCACCAAAAUCAUUGGACACAAAUUUGAACACCGCCAGCAGUGAGGUUGAAUUGAGAUCGGAACAACCCCUGCUUCGAAAAACUUUGUCUGAUAAUUUUUGCAAAUCCCUAGACGAGGACGAGGAGCAGUUAGAUAAAAUUGCAGACCUAUCCAAUAAACCAACAACGCCAACGGUAAUUCCAGUUGAACAACUAUCCCCAAAAUCAAAAACUCGUUCAAGAUUCACUUCGGCAUUUCGGUCUUUUCGUGCAUCGAAGUCGGCAAAGAAAAAACUUACACCCACAUCGAGCACUGACCAAGUCCUAUCGAGUGGUGGUGAGGACUUGGAAUUGCCCCCAUUCGAUUCGCUCGAUUCGAAAAAGAAGAAGAGCAAACUUUCGAAAAAAUUCUCCCUCACUGGGAUAAAAAAGAACAAGAUUAAUCCGAAGAAGGAAGAAGAAAUAUUGUCAAGCCAUUUACUGCUGGUUACAAGUUCAACACAAACUACCCAGACUCUCGAUCGAAGGCCAAUUUUCGUGGCGGACAAUGAAGCUAAGAGAAAAGUCACUGUGACCACACCGGAUCCAACGACUCCGCCAUUUUCGCCAUCACCGGAAUCUUCACCAACUAAAUUCGAUAAGGUUCGAAAGAUUCAAAUAACCAUUCAAGGUAAGAAAAUCGAGCACACCAACAAGAACAAUAACAACAACAAUAAUAAUAAUAAUAACAAUAACAACAACGGGCCACAGGGGCGUAAAAACCUUCCAAUUACCACAACUGAGAUUACAGGUUCUACUGCCACAUCCCCCAAUAUUGAAGAAGGUGAUUAUUUGAUUGCCUCGACGACGACUGAAGAACAGCGUCAACAACAAAAGCCGUCAGUAGUGACAUCGCCUCCGAAGAAAAACUCAAAGAAAAACAAAAAACCCAAGUCGAAGCCAAACAGCCCAACAACCUCGCCCACUGCGUCCCCGUCUGGGAACAAGUCGAUCACCUCGACCAUUUCGACAACCACCACCACGGAAGAGAAACUCGUAGUCACGCAAAGUAUCUGCGAUACGCCACCACGGGAGAGGGCACCAGCGAAGCCGAGCCGUGCUCCAUUCAGCACUGCCCCAUCAUUCAAUUCUCCAACUGGCGCCAUUCGCAAGUCUCUUUCGCAACAUCAGAUACCCAAGCUCAGACGACAACGGUUUCAAGCCUUCGAAUCGGCUGAAUCCGAAUCGCAUUUCAUGAUACGAGAAGGAACUAUUGAGCGAGGCCGUAGAUUUCCCAGACCAGCUUCAAUAGAAAACCACGAUCAAUCACCUCCCAUCAGUGCCCAAGCACCACCAUUACCAACGCCAUUGGGCCUCCCGGAGUCUAUCCCACAACUUAAACCGCAAUCGACAAUAGGUGAGGCUGAGAUCAAAUCCCUGCCGUCAUUCGUCGAGGAAACCAAUGAAGAGCAACACGAAACCAUCAAUCAAAACCAAAGAAAAAUAAUUUCUCUACCCAGUUUCGCAUCGUCAAUUGGAUCAACAUUAGAAGGCUUAGAUAGUCCAAUAUCAGAAUUGCCUUCCGCAACCACAUCGCCUUUACAUUAUUACGUUGGUAACAACAUACGGAAUCCCAAUCUAAGGGGACUAACACGUGAUCAAUCUGUCGACGAACCCAAUGAGGAACCACAUGAGACAGUAAAUCAAAAUCACCAGAGAAAGAUAAUUUCUCUUCCAAGCUUCGCCUCGACUUCAUCACUUGAAGCAGAAAAUCCCACCCCAGACAUCGCAAACAUCAAUAACACGGAAUCAGAAGACCCAACAUUGUAUUACAACACCGCCAUCGCCGCCAGCGACAAAAUACAGAAUCCAAAUCUCAGUGGAUUAAGCCAAGAUCAGUCGCUCGAGGACAACGACGACGACAGUGGGUCGCUUGGAGAAACUCCAAUCAUAUGCGAUCAUCGACAUAAUAUACUAUUUUCUGUUGGUAACUCAGUGCGCCCUCAGAGAACUUUGAUUCCACUGUCGCAGUUAGUGCUCGACAGCAAGGAUUUUAGUUCGUUUGGUUCGGAGAAGAGUUUUGGAUCAGAUCGGAGUCCGAUCAGUGACGGAUCUGUUCAUAGACGAAGGAUCAAAUACAUCAAUCAAUCAUCGAUUUUCGCCGACGACGAAGAUCGUAAUAUCGUGGAUUCUAAACAGGACACUCUUAAUUAUAUAUCUGGGAUAAGUGAAUACUCAUUUGAAUCGGAAUUUCCCCCUCCUGAACAUUCGAUGCCAGCUUUUGGCGAUCUGACAAUGGACCAAGAAGAUCCGCCAAUUAUGACUUCUUCACAAGAAAAACGUGAACAUCUCUACAAAAUCCUAGUCAUUGGCGAAUUGGGCACAGGCAAAACAUCAUUCAUCAAGCGAUAUGUUCAUCAGUUCUUCAGUCAAAAUUAUAGAGCGACAAUUGGUGUUGAUUUUGCCCUGAAGGUCUUGACUUGGGAUUCAAAUACAAUUGUUCGAUUGCAGCUUUGGGAUAUUGCCGGCCAAGAGAGAUUUGGCAAUAUGACACGAGUUUAUUAUAAAGAAGCCGUUGGUGCCUUUAUUGUAUUUGAUGUGACACGCAGUGGUACAUUCGAUUGCGUGAGUAAAUGGAAAGAAGAUCUGGAUUCGAAAGUCCAAUUGCCAGAUGGUAGCCCUAUUCCAUGCAUACUACUAGCCAAUAAGUGUGACCAAGAUAAGCAAGGCAUCAUUACGACUCCUGAGAAGAUGGACGAAUAUGUCCGAGAUAACGGUUUUGCUGGUUGGUUUGAAACAUCAGCUAAAGAAAAUAUAAACAUCGAUGAAGCAGCUAGAGCGUUAGUAAAUAAAAUUCUUCUGAACGAUAAACUCAUCAGUGAUGCUGAUAUUGCCGAUAGUGAAAAAUUCAACUUAGCAAACUCGAAUGGUGGUCAAACCACGACGGAGUCAAUCAAGAGUAAAUGUUCCUGCUGACGCCUUAAUUCUAAUUUACCAAUCGUGUCAUCAUUUAUAUACUGAAGGACUUACAUAUAUGUUUAAUCUUAAGUGUUAUAUUUUUAGCUGUUAACGUAUAAUUUUAGUUAAAAAAGAAAAAGUGUAUUUAAAAAAAAAAAAAAACUAAAAACUGGUAAACAAAACACUCGUUUAUGUAGUUAUAUACUUUUCAAACUAUACGAUUUUAUUUUUGUUUUGUUUUUAUUUUGUUUUGUUAUUUGUAUAAUUCAUGAUUAUUAUUCUAUUGUAAAAUAUUUAAACCUGGCUUCCAUAAAACUAAAAAAUUGUCUUGCAAUUUUAUACUUAAAAAAAGAUACCUAAAAUAUAUUUAAAAAAAAAAGUCCAUUCAAAAAAUUCUUGCCAUUUGUCCUGCAAACUUUAUAAUAUACACAAAGCUCAUAAAAAGUAAUUAAAUAAAUUUAAAAUAUAAAACGCUUUAUUGUAGGAACAACAAAACUUAAAAAAAAAAACCUACUUAAUUUAAAAAAUUCAAAAGCGCAUUUACAAGCAAAUAAGAGAAAAUUAUAAAUUAUUGUGUAGGCGUAUACAAUAUAAAUUGCAAAUAGAACAAAAAACAAAAACAUUUACAUAAAUAUAUAAAACAACAAAGUACACAUUUAUUAAAAACAAUUAUAAUAGAAAAUUAAUAAUUAAAGAUAAAACAUUUUAUUACUAA